GGUGCUAGAAAGGAAAAGACAUAGUUUCAGUUUGGUAGUUCAUCGAUUUUUUUUUUUACAAUAAUACGUUAUGAGAGAGCUUCAUUCAAUUUGUCUCGUCUUGGUGAUUUAUAUUUUGGUUUCCAUUAUAUUUCAGGGUAAACAGGAAAUCAAGAAACCUAAAUAUGUGCAAAUUUCCGUUGAAUCUUAUUCACAUUUGACUGGACUGGAGGAUCAAGUUAAGUCUCUUGAGGAACAAGUGAGUGGCUUAGAGGAUGAAGUCAAGGAUUUGAAUGAAAAGUUGGCUCCUGCACAGUCAGAAAUGACUAAUAAGGAAAACCUGGUAAAACAAUACGCUGAAGUUUCUGAAGAAGCCGUCUCAGGUUGGGAGAAGGCUGAGUCAGAAGCCGCGAAACUGAAAAAUCACCUGGAAUCCGUUACUUUUUUGAAGAUUACUGCUGAAGACAGGGCAUCACAUCUGGAUGGUGCACUGAAAUUACAUCUGGAUGGUGCACUGAAGGAGUGCAUGCGGCAGAUACGAAAUUUGAAAGAAGAAUAUGAACAGAA